GGGACGUAGCCGGGGCCGUCGAGGCGGCGCCGUCAUGUCCGACAGCGAGAAGCUUAACCUGGACUCCAUCAUCGGGCGACUCCUGGAAGGCCUGUGUCCAGUGCAGGGCUCCCGACCUGGCAAGAACGUACAGCUGACGGAGAACGAGAUCCGCGGCCUGUGCCUCAAGUCCCGGGAGAUCUUCCUGAGCCAGCCCAUCCUCCUGGAGCUCGAGGCGCCUCUCAAGAUAUGCGGGGACAUCCACGGCCAGUACUAUGACCUGCUCCGAUUGUUCGAGUACGGGGGCUUUCCUCCUGAGAGCAACUACCUCUUCCUGGGGGACUACGUGGACAGGGGCAAACAGUCCUUGGAAACCAUCUGCCUGCUGCUGGCCUACAAGAUCAAGUACCCCGAGAACUUCUUCCUGCUCCGUGGCAACCACGAGUGUGCCAGCAUCAACCGCAUCUAUGGCUUCUAUGAUGAGUGUAAGAGACGCUACAACAUAAAGCUCUGGAAGACCUUCACAGACUGCUUCAAUUGCUUGCCCAUUGCGGCCAUUGUGGACGAGAAGAUUUUCUGCUGCCAUGGAGGACUGUCCCCAGACCUGCAGUCCAUGGAGCAGAUCAGGCGCAUCAUGAGGCCCACAGACGUGCCAGACCAAGGGCUGCUGUGUGAUCUCCUAUGGUCAGACCCUGAUAAAGAUGUCCAAGGCUGGGGCGAGAACGACCGCGGUGUCUCCUUUACUUUUGGGGCCGAGGUCGUGGCCAAGUUUCUGCACAAGCAUGAUCUGGACCUCAUCUGCCGGGCACACCAGGUGGUGGAGGACGGCUAUGAAUUCUUUGCCAAGCGACAGUUGGUGACCCUCUUCUCUGCCCCCAACUAUUGUGGCGAGUUUGACAAUGCUGGUGCCAUGAUGAGUGUGGAUGAAACUCUCAUGUGCUCUUUCCAGAUCCUUAAACCAGCCGACAAGAACAAAGGCAAAUACGGGCAAUUCAGUGGCCUCAACUCUGGUGGCCGCCCUAUCACCCCACCCCGCAACUCUGCCAAAGCCAAGAAAUAGCCCUCCCUGGGCUUCCCUGGGGACAACUGAUUGUACAGAAAUCCUGGCUCCUCUUGGGGCCUCAGAUGCCCACAAGGGCUUCUAGUUGCAGGGAGCACCAAACCUCGGUGUCAUUUUCUUUUAUAAACAAAAUCAGAUAGUCUAAUCCCCUUUAUCCCCAGCCUGUUCUCCCCCACUCCCCCCACUCUCUGAGCUGGAUCCUGGGUGGGGGGAGGUGGGAAUAGAAGAGGGCAGCCCCUUUAGAGCAGGGAAGAAAGCUUGAGUCCUGCCUGGGCUCAGCUACCCUGCCUCAGGCAGAGGGGUUGUGGGGACAUCAGGUUUUGUCCCCUUAUUUGGUCUUUUUUGAAUAAAUGUCAAAGCUGGAUUCUCACUA